CUCUCCCGUUUCCUCAUCACACAGCAGCACAGGUUGGUACAGGCUCGGAGGGAGAGACAUAAACGGACAGUGUGAGGGAGAGGGAGACAGAAAGAGGCGUGAGAGAGGAGGAAGCACGCAACUCAAGGAGGAGUGGUGGCACAGAUGGACCCCUCUGAUCACUAACAGCUCAAUUCCUUUUGAAUAUAAUAUCAUAUUUUGCAACUUAAAUCGGAGCUGACUCUUUAUUUCUGUGGCUCGGCUGUGGAGGUGACAGGCUGGAUGCCAUGGACCCGCUGCUGCCCGCAGAGACCGAGAUGAUGGAGCGAGAGGCGGACAAAGAUGCGAGGAGGAAGAUCCAGUUCUCCGUGCCUUCCUCCGUGCCAACCCAACUGGACCCGCGACAGGUGGAGAUGAUUCGACGUCGGAGGCCGACACCGGCUACACUCUUCAGGUUGACAGACCAGCCGUCACCGGAUGAAGACACUGGACCUCAUCAGUGGGUUCUGGGGGAAAAUGGAGCCUUGAAAGCCAAACUGGUUCACACGUCAACCUACCAGCCACCCUCUCUUAAAGCAGUCCAGAGGAUGGCCCAGGCCCACCUAGACAUGUCUUCUGUGGACAAAGAGGAUCCUUCUUCUGGGGAGGAAGACGAGAAAUGCGAGAAGGACAGCCAGCAGAUAGCCUCAGCUACAGAUCUAAGAGAAGAACCACGCAAACCACUCAAAGAUCAGUGCGCUCCGCCGGACAGUUUGACAGGAAGUGCUGAUCUUAGCCGUCAGCGAGGAGAUGAAGAGGAGGCCAAAGAAAGAGAGGCAGGCAAAGGAGAAUGACGAAGAAUGAGAAAAGAAAGAUCUCAGGUGGAGACGGACUGUUAGUUAGAAACAGACUUGCAUAGCACAUAUAUGAGCCAUACGUGUGCGUGCAUGGGUGUACGUAUGAGUGUGUCUUAUUUGGAUCUGUGAGUGUGUGCAUGCGACAAAACAGUUUGUGAGAAGAGAGAGAGAGAGAGAGGAAAACAGAGAGAUACUGAGGAAGGUCAGAAUAUUAAUGAGCACGUGAGAGGAAAAGUUUAACCUGAGAAGUAUGAAAGAAAUCACGUCUCGGUAAGCCAAGGAAGUCAUGGCCAAUUUCCAAUCAGCCAAGGACACCGCACAAGAAAUAUGAGAAGUGCUAAGAGCUGAGGCAUUUCCUCAAGAAAAUUAAUGUGUGUCAGGUAGAACCGGAUAUGGAACAGAAUAUGGUAUACAGGGCAUGUCGUUUAGUGAAACUGGUGCUGAAACACACAUCACAAGAGAAAUUAGAGAGAGCAGAUGAUGAACACAGCUCAAGAUAAGACUUCCAGUUGUUACAGGAGGUAACAAACAUACAUACAGCUCACAUAUCUACCAUCUUAUGUAUAUUUUAACAUAUAGGAUCAAAUUAUAUCUGUGUGAUGGGCAAACUGUUAUCGUAUGUCUCAUGCACUUUAGCCAAAGAUUGUGGGUUAUUGUUGUUAAUGAUACACAGACAUAACGCGUUAUAUUACAUGAUAUACGGUAAGACGAAUACACAGGAAUUUAACACAGAAACUGUAAAACGUUCGCCCUUCUCAACUCUGUGCAUAUUUGCGUGCGAGUUCAUGUACAUCAAAAGAGGAAGGAUUACAAAUGAUUUGAGCCAGAUUAAAUCGUAUGAGACUAAUCCAACUAAUCAUGAUAACGCAGCACAGUUUUUACGGUUUGAUAUCAUGAACGGGCUUUUUGUAACAUGGCGAUUAGCAAGUAUAAUCUCUUUGGGAUGGUAGAGAUGAUAGGUGGGAAAGUGAAAGAAGAAAAAAAAAAUGUAUACGAUGAGCGUGAAGGUUAAUUCUUGACCUUGUAUAUACAGUAAAUGAUGUUUUGUGUUGGUUGCUAAUAAAACAGUUGGGAAUGGG